UCUACAUUCGACGACCGAUCGCCGAUCGAUCGAUCCAUCCGUCCCCCUUCGCCUUGCAUUACGAGCAUGGUGAUUUUAUGUAGUACGCAUAAGAAGUGAACAAAAUUACACAUGUCAGGGAGUUUUAUAUGAUUGUUGUUUUGUAAUAGUUAUAUCUUGCAUACAUGUUUCGCUUAAGAAAUGAGAUGAUAUAAGAUACGAUGUACAACUUGAGUAAGGGUCCCUGUAAAAUUAAUGUUCAAAGCAGACGAGGAGGAUAUUCUCAGCAACUAGAAAAUAAUUCUGAAGGUCGGGAAAUUAAAAAAGAUAUGAAUGCACAGGCAUCACCAAGACCUUAUUUUCAGGCUACCACGCAUACUCAAGAGCACUUGGCAAAUGUCAAGAUGUUAUCAGACGCGUGGAAGAAAACGGAAAAGCAGUUAAACGACCAAAGAAGUGGGAAAAAAACUUACCAAAUGCAACAUCCACCCGCUGGUAAUUCUUUUAACCUGCUGAAGGAGAUCUAAGCCUAUUCAAAUUAUUAUACUGACAUUUGCUGUGUAGAUGAAACUUAAGUUGUUGUAUCUGGUUAAUUCUGGUGUUGUGAGUUUAGUUAUACAGUAUUAGUUAUGUAUUAUUUUAUUAUAGUGUAAUACUAAUAAAAACAGUUUAUAAUGACUUUUAA